CUGUAUUCAUGACAUAUAGCUGAUACGGUAUUCAAUAAACACACAAUCACUGUAAAUAAUGGUAAAAUGAACAUGUCGUAGACUUAGGCACGGACUACUCUACGAGUCUAUUUCUAAGUAGAAAAAAUCACUUUGAGACGGGAAUGGACGUCGGAAUGAAUGACACCGCAUAUGAUGACCAUACUACACAGUUCAUGGACGUUGAUUACGACUUCGAAGCCGUGAAUGGUUGCGGGAAGAUUGCCUUCAAAGCUCUCAACCACGCGUCCGGGGUCGUUCCCGCUGUCGGGAUCUUUCUUACGAUCUGCACGAUGAUCAUUAUCGCCCGUAAUAAUCGACUUCGCAGGAAACGCAACGUGUUCCCAUUCAACAUCGUUCUCGCUGAUUUCGUGCUUGAUGCUGUGUUGUUUGCAGACUACGUGAAAUGGGAAUUUGGUGUGAUGAGUAAUAAUGACGCAUGGAAAUACGCAAUAGGAAUACCCUAUCGGGCUACGCACAUGGUAUCGACCGGUAGUAUCUUUCUGGUGGCCAUUGAUCAGCUAAUAGCCUUCAAGAUCGACUCCUUCGGCUCCAGGAACAUCCUGACUAAAUGCCGCUGUAUCUGCCUUUGUGCCGCCCUCUGGGUGGUAAUGCUUGUGGUGUCGACGUGCAUUAAUGUCUGGGCGACCGACCCAAAGAGUGUGCGGUUUGUUCUGUCCAACCUUGCCCUAGUCCUAACCGGUGUCUGCUACUUCUCGGUCUACAAGACAAUCUCCAAGCCACAGCCAGGUGGAGGACACCAGCUCCAAGAACGGAGGAAGGAGAACAAGCGCGUCCUGACGACGUAUAUUCUUAUCUUAGGGACAACGUUGCUCUUGUUCACGUUACCAGAUUUGGUGUUUUUCCUGCUCUACGAUUUAGAGAAUAAGUUCUUCCCUUCGUGUGUUUUCUUUGGUUGGUACAUCCUGCAGACACUCAAUACGAUUACCAAUUGUUUUAUAUACUGGUGGCGUUUAAAGGACUUCCGCGCCAUUAUCGCCAAGAAGAUACGCCACAUGAAAGAGGUAGGCAGGUUCAAGACGUCUCUGCAGUUGAACACUAUUGAUGGAAGCGGAGUGAACACUCUGUCCAAGCAGUUUAGCAAUAAUAACAUGAAUAGUGAGAAAAGCACUUCUACUGACGAAAAAUGUGUAUGA